AUGCAUUUUCACUCUCAGUCUCUGGCCCUCGUGGCGGCUUGCUUGACGUUGGCGCAGGCUCGCCCUGACGGGUGGCUUUCUUAUAGACUUCCCAAACGCGGAGUGCUGGAUGACACCCUUGGUGGGGUGCUCGGGGCGUUGCUCGGUGGCCCAGAAGACCCAGAGUGGUCAGACUGGUCAGGGUCGUCCGAAACGACCACCACGUCCAACACGGCCCUCGAUCCUCCGGUCACGCUCCCGUUGACAUUACCAACCAGCUCAUUGACAACGACGACCAGUCCAACUUCCCCAGUUGUUACUACAACGACAACAACAACAACAACCACUACCCCACGGACCAGCUCCACCACAACGACGACAUCUGCCAGUCCAUUUAUUGACGUGGUCACGACUUCGACCUCUACCACGACUCCGGUCACGUCCACAUCCACAACUACUACAUCUUUCAGCCCAUUCAUUGAUAUCGUUACGACAUCGUCCUCCACGACGAGCUCAAUGUCUACAUCCACAACUACCUCCACAACUACCUCGAUUAGCCCAUUUAUCAACAUUGUCACGACUCCUUCAUCUACCACGACUUCACUCACGUCCACGUCGACAACUACAUCCAGCAGCCCGGAUGUCGACACCGUCACAACUUCGUCUUCUUCGAUCACCACAUCGACCAGUCCAGUUGCCGAGCCCGUCACGAGUUCGACGACCUCGACCACAAUCCCAAUCGACACGGACGUUGAAGUGAUCACGACGUCGCCUUCGACCACUACUUCUCCCAGCGGCGCCACGGUGGCUGCGGAGACGGUCAAUCCUACUUCCAGUGACGAGGUUGCGGCUGCCACGGCGACAGAUACGCCAAUCCCCUGGUCGCAGUGGGCAGACUGGCAAGACUGGUCGAUGACAACCACCACCGUUUCGUCCGGUGAAGAAGUUGCUGUCAGCACCACCGUCGAGGAUACCACCUUCACCUUGACCAUGGGCAAUGGACCGUCAGCUUCGGUGGUCACGACCACGAUGCACCUGACCAAGACUCUGACGUUGACGAGCACCAUUUAUGCCACCAUCACUCGACCUUCAGGGAGUCCGGCGCCGGCGCCAGCGGCAGAUAACUCGGCGGGAGUUGGAGACUUCAACCAGAACGUGGCUGCCGCUAGCAUCGAGACCCCUACAAGCCCCGAAGCUACCACCACCAUCACGCUACAGUCUACGGUUACCGAGACAGUCACGGUCGCGCCCGAACGAGGCCCCUGCAGCGUUGCAUAUGUCACCGUGACCGAGGUGUCGCAAAGCACCGUCACCGUCAUCGCCACGCCAGUCGUGCACAAACCUUCGGUGGAAGCCACCGUCCAGCCGUCCGCGCCAGUCGCCGCGGCCGUGGUGUCAAGCUCGACGACGACGAGCAGCUCGACCUCGAGCACGACCAGCACGACCAGCACGACCACGUCGACCACCUAUGGGUCCGGCAACGGUACCGAGACACAGUUCGCUCGGGCAAGCUCCGGGUUCCUGACCAUGUCCAGAUACGUCGCUCCAACGGGAUUGAAGCAAUGA